AUGGCUGAUGCGGCUGCAGAGUUAGUUAAGCAGAAGCGCAUAAGCGGGUUCUUGCUGAAUUUCAAACGUAACACGGUAAGAUUAGCGGCAUCUGCUCGCACGCUGCCGCACAUGCGCACGCGUUUGAGUUUGUUAGAGACGUAUUGGUCCGAGUAUACUCAAAGGGAUCUGGUCCUGCAAGCGAAUAGGUCGGCUUUCAAAGGCGAGGCGUACUUCGAGAACGACGAGUAUCUCGAAGUUGAGUCAAGUUAUGUGGAGAGUAAAGCGGAUAUGUUUCAGUUAAUUGAAGAUUUGGAAAUCGCCGCGAGACCACCGGUAACCGUUACAGGCGCGCAAAAUAAUCAGGUCGUACACGCACCACCUGUUCCGGGUCCGUCGGAGUUCGCGAACAUGCCGAAAUGUCAAAUCCCGAAAUUUUCCGGAAAAGCCGAGGAAUGGGAGACAUUCAAGGAGCAAUUUUCUUCGAUGGUGAAAAACAAGGCCAACUUACCGGAUGCUAUCAAGAUGCAAUAUUUAGUAGACUCGGUUGAAGGGCCUGCAGCGCUCAGAGUAAAGGGUCUUCCGUUGACGGGUGCUAGUUUUGAGUUGGCUUGGCAAAAAUUGAUGCGCAGGUACGAUAACCCUACGAGACGCAUGCAUACGUAUAUGGAAUUGCUGAUAGAUAUGAAACCGGUUAAGCUUCGGUGA